CAUGGCGCGCUCCGGAUCAGACAUGCCUGCUGAUUGGCGGUUUAUAGAGCACAUGGGGGCUAAAUCCUGGCUUUUCCUUUCCCAGAGCCAGGAGCGUUAGUCACAUUUGCUUUUCUUUACGACUUCCCUAUCACCAGUCGGUGUACCGAGUUUAAUUCAUUUCGAAUACCUUCUCGGAGACGUUGGUGCCCACGAUGGGCCGUUGACAGCCGUCGGAUCCCCAGUUCAUCUGAUCUAUAAAGGGGGCCACGCCACCGUAGUUGGAGCCAUAGAAACUCGCAGAUCUUGCCCAGGAGUAUCAAGCGCUGUAUUAACUGGCUCUCAAAAUGUUCUUCCGCAGGGAAUUUGGGGCUGUCGCAGCCCUAUCUGUUCUGGCCUAUGCUGCUCCCGCACCUGCUCCGAUGCAGCGUAGAGACAUCUCCUCUACCGUCUUGGACAACAUCGACCUCUUCGCCCAAUACAGUGCAGCGGCUUACUGCUCCUCCAACAUCGAGUCCACCGGCACGACUCUGACCUGCGAUGUAGGCAACUGCCCUCUCGUCGAGGCAGCCGGUGCUACUACUAUCGAUGAGUUUGACGACAGCAGCAGCUACGGCGACCCGACUGGGUUCAUCGCCGUUGACCCGACAAACGAGUUAAUCGUUCUGGCUCUCCGGGGUAGUUCCGACCUCUCGAACUGGAUUGCCGACUUGGACUUCGGCCUCACCUCUGUGAGCAGUAUCUGUGAUGGCUGUGAAAUGCACAAGGGCUUCUACGAGGCCUGGGAAGUCAUCGCCGACACCAUCACAUCCAAGGUGGAGGCUGCUGUCUCCAGCUAUCCGGACUAUUCCAUAGUGUUCACCGGACACAGCUACGGCGCUGCAUUGGCGGCCAUUGCGGCCACUGUGCUCCGCAACGCCGGAUACACUCUUGACCUGUACAACUUCGGCCAACCCCGUAUCGGCAACCUCGCUUUAGCCGACUACAUCACGGACCAAAAUAUGGGCAGCAACUACCGCGUCACGCACACCGACGACAUCGUGCCCAAGCUUCCUCCCAAGCUGCUGGGCUACCACCACUUCAGCCCGGAGUACUGGAUCACUAGCGGCAACGAUGUGACGGUGACUACGUCGGACGUGACCGAGGUUGUGGGGGUGGAUUCGACAGACGGAAAUGACGGCACCCUGCUUGACAGUACGACUGCUCAUAGAUGGUAUACGAUCUACAUUAGUGAAUGCUCGUAGAGCAUUUCCGGAGCAGUGCACUGGAUAUAAUUAAGACGGAAUGAAUUUGUAUAUAGCUUUUAAUAUCAACCGGUG